CUAACCUCCGGGCCAGGAUGUUCAUGUGGCAGGGAACAGAUACUGAGACGACGUACCCUGUUCGCCCGGGUGUUCAGCAGGGUCCCGAAGGGGCAGUCGGCACGGUCACGGACAGGCAGAGCAGUAGACACCCGUGCGAGGACCCGCGCGUGUCAGUCGAACUGUCGCGGGACCGGGGCCCGGGGUCUGUGCUUACCACACGCACGCGCACUGCGCCCAGGAUGAGGGUCGCGGCCCUGAUCAGUGGUGGGAAGGACAGCUGUUACAACAUGAUGCAGUGCACUGCUGCAGGGCAUCACAUCGUUGCAUUAGCAAAUUUAAGACCAGAUGAAAAGCAAGCGGAAUCAGAUGAACUAGAUAGCUACAUGUAUCAGACAGUGGGUCACCAUGCCAUUGACUUGUAUGCGGAAGCAAUGGCCCUGCCCCUGUACCGCAGAACCAUCAAAGGAAGGAGCUUGGACACAGGAAGGACAUAUACCAAAUGUGAAGGUGAUGAGGUUGAAGAUCUCUAUGAACUAUUGAAACUCAUUAAGGAAAAAGAAGAAAUAGAAGGGGUAUCAGUAGGUGCUAUACUUUCUGAUUAUCAACGUGUGCGAGUAGAAAAUGUAUGUAAACGGCUUAAUCUCCAGCCUUUAGCUUACCUUUGGCAGAGAAACCAGGAAGAUUUGCUCAGAGAGAUGAUAGCAUCUAACAUUGAGGCCAUUAUCAUCAAAGUAGCAGCUUUGGGCUUAGAUCCUGAUAAGCAUCUUGGGAAAACCCUGGAUGAAAUGGAGCCUUAUCUUUUAGAGCUUUCUAAGAAGUAUGGUGUCCACGUAUGUGGGGAAGGUGGCGAGUAUGAAACGUUCACUUUGGAUUGUCCUCUAUUUAAGAAGAAAAUCAUUGUGGACUCCUCCGAAGCAGUCAUCCACUCGGCUGAUGCCUUCGCACCUGUGGCUUAUCUCCGGCUUUCAGGGUUGCACUUGGAAGACAAGGUGUCUUCGAUACCUGGGAAUGAUGAAACAACUAAUUAUAUACACAAUUCUUAAAAUCUGCACUGAAUUUUAAAAAUUACUAUGACCAACUUUUCUCAUUGCAUUUCAGUGAACCCUUCUCUAAUAUUGCCAAAUUUCUUUAACUUACUUUCUUUAAAAAAAAAAAUAAUACUUUCUAGCCAGUUGUGGUGGCACACGCUUUUAAUCCCAGCAUUCAGAAGCCAGGGGCAGGCAGUUCUCUUUGAGUUCAAGGCCAGACUAGUCUACAAGGAGAGUAACUCCAGGACAUCAAGAAAUCUGUUACACAGAGAAAUCCUGUCUCGAAAAACCAAAUAAAACAAACAAACAAACAAACAAAAAAAAA